AUGUCUUGCGUGUUGGCCAAUCGUAUCAUUCUAAAUGUGCGGGAAGCCAAUCGCGAACUGGAACUUUCAAAGGUGCCCGGGUCAACUCAGAGGAUGGUCAUCCUAUCGGAGGGGUUCUUCCACCAGGGUGAAGUCAGCUUUGGGAACAGCGGAACCUUGACCAAUUUCGAAAGAGAUCAGCUUCGGAUGAUGCGACCUGCGACUCCAGAGCCUAUCUUGGAUGAUUCAGACAGCUAUACCAGCUACGUUCCCUUCAGUGUAUUAUAA